GAAAUAUCCAGCGUUCUUGAUGGAUAUGAACAAGUUCACGCUAAAUCGAGUCUACCAUUAGCAAGCUUUAGUGCAUUUAAGACUGGAUCUCAACACGAGUUAGAUGGUGGGACACGAUAUCAAGCAUCACUAGAUGGGAGGUUAUAUUCAAAUGCAAGAGCUGUGAAAAAACGUUACGGUCCUGCGGCAGCUCAUGAUUUUCGUUCACACGUAUACAGCUCUACCCAAAGGUUUGGCCCAGGUUUGGGUUGGCAGCCACCAACAUUAGCCGGUGGCUGGAAUCGAGGCGGAAGUCGCUUUCGCCACAUCGAUUAUUGGAUAUUGGAGGCAGGAUUGCUGGAAGACUUUGCUAACACGGAGCUAGAAAGACAGGUUUGUUUUGAUAUUCGAUGUGAUUUUGGUGAUUUUGAUUUCUUUGGCCGUAUUCAUUAA